GCGGUUGCAUGUCUUUUACAUAUAGUUUAGCGCUAAAACAUUGUAUAAGAUUCAAUUUGUCGCGCAUCACAGCGAACAGUGAGAGAAAGAAAGAACGCAGAUAGCACAAUUCAAAAAAUCUUUUCUAACGGAUUAAAUUUAUCGUGUUUGACGGACGUGUUUUAUAAUUGCUCCAACGAACAACGCAAAUUCAAUUCAUUUCAACUGAAAAUCAGACUUUUUACCAUCCAAUUAUUGUUUGAAUAUUUUGUGUUUUGUAAAAUAAAAGUUUCAUUGACCAAAUUCUACCGAAUAAAAUGGAUGAAAAUCAAACAGCAAUACCAUCGAGAUUGACACGGUCACGUCGUGCAUCGGUGGAAAGUCCUGUUGUUUCAUCGCCAAGGAAGAAUACACGGCAAUCACGCAAAUUAAAGAAUAUCACCGAAAAGGAUUCAGAUGACGUCGACAAUAACGAUAGUGCAAAGAAAGAUGAUGAUAAUGAUGAUGCUGCAAGCAGUAUUAGUUCAAAUUCGAUGAGAGGGUGCAAAGUAGUAUUGGAACGUCAAAAUUUCGAUGACAUUGAUGCAACGUCUGGUCGUCGUGCCAUUGCGCAUGCUACACGCUCUCGUCGUAGUUCACAAUUGACCGAAGAAAAUAUUGCUGCUCACUCAAAUCCAACAAAUCCGGCGCGACGAGCAUUGCGCUCAAACAGUAUUGCGUCUGAUUCAACUGAAGCCACACAAACUUCACGUCGUUCCAGUCGAAAGGCUAAUACACCAAAAGAAGAAAUUGUUCCAACGACACCAGCACGUCGUAGUUCUCGUUUGCUGUCCGAAAACGAAAAAGCUACAGACUCACCGGCCAAAUCGGCAACACCGGCCAGACGUUUGCGUUCAAAUAGUGUAGCAUCAGAAGAUCAUUCACCGACACGGCGUACAAGUUCCCGUUUGUCCGAAUCACAAGUUGGCACACCGAAAACAUUAAAGACCAAAGUCAGUAAAAUUAAAGAGCCAACCACACCGCGUCGUGCAUCAAUGCGCAUCAAUAAAAGUAUUAUUGCGUCGGAAGUUAUCGAUGAGGAGUCAGACGAAGAAAAUCUCGCAAAUGAAAUGAACAAGGUAAGCAAAUCAAAGUCGCCAUUGCAAACAUAUGUAAUUGACGAUGACGAAGAUGAUGUAACAAAAGACAAAAAGGUCAAUGGUAAAGAAAACAAACAGGAAGUUCCUACAAUAACUGUAGAAGAACACAAAAUCGUUACGAUUGAAGAAGAGCCAGAAGACAUCAAACCCAUUAUUACUAAUGAACAAAAAGAGACCAGUUUGAUUGAUACAUCCAACUCAAUCAACGUGUUAGCAUCACCGUCAUCACAAGUCGUGUUGAUUUCCACCACAACCGCUAGAACACCAGUAGCACGUUCACCAUUGCGAAAGGCUCAAACACCAAGUGUCGAACCAGCCGAACCAAUGGAAACGUCCAUGACGGAAGAAGUGGUCGGUACACCAAAGGGCACAUCAAAAACAAUGUCAAUCAAUACGCCAAAGGAUACUACACCGAAAGCAAUACCAAAAGGCACACCGAAAGGUAUACCAAAAUCCGAAGAACUUGCUCAAUUGAAUUCGAAAACGCCACAAGAUGAAACGGUGUCCGAUGAUUUACUGAAUGUGUCUGGCAUGGUUAAGCUUUGGGAAAAUAAAAUAUCGCCAUCAUCAUCGGCCAAAGGUACCCCCAAAAGUAAAAAUGUUUCAAUCACAGAUGAAGCAGAAAUUGGUGUGGUCACCGAACCCGAAUCCAAUGAACCGAAACUUAAUGAAUCAAAAGGUAGCUCAACCGUUAAUACACCACAUAGAGAACCACGCAUUACGAGCGACUUUGAGCAUAUGGAUGAUGAAAGUGAAGAUGGUGACAAUAUUCAAACAAUUCCAAAAGAAUAUCCCAACAAAACCACCGACAAUGUUAACAAAUCGGUGAGCACACCAAAUUCAAAAGAUCCAUCAAAGACACUUUCACCUUUGGAUGUAUCUGUUGUGGUUCACGACAAAGAUGUAUCAACGCCACAAAUGUCAAAGAAAUCAUCAAAACAACGUCAGUCAUUGAAUCGAUCAACCGAUUUGGAUCGAAUGGAAGUAAGUGUUUUAGCUGUAAAAUCGAACGUUGAAAAUAUUAAAUCGGCUACGCCAAAACAAAAUAAAACACCAAAGGCUAAAAAUGUUUCGGCAAAGAGUACACCGGUGAAGCUAAACACGCCCAAAUCGAGUGAAAAAACACCAAAACAAGAUGUAAGCAUAGAUCUAACCAGUGAUGAUGAAACAACAACUGAAAUUGCGAAGGAAAAAACAAAACCCGAAUUAGUGUUGCUUCGACCACCAAGAGAAUCUACACUUGGCGGCCUAUCAAUCUCAUUGACGGCUGCAAUCGAUCAAAUGUUGGCUGGAUUUGAUGACACACCAACUAAUGUAAGUUCUUCCAUUGAUGAAAUCAGCGAAAGUGUAACACCAUCGACUGAAAAGAAAAUCGACGAAGAUUUCAAUGCAAUUGCAACAGCGGCUAUUUCCGAAACAUCGAAAAAUCAAACCGAAAACGUUGAACAAACACAAGAUCCAGCAAUUAAAAUGGAAAAGAACGAUACAGAUAAAGGUAAAGAUAAUAGCACCAUCAUCGAGGAGUCUGUUGUCAAUAUGUCAGUUGUGAAUGAAACACAAUUUGAUUCGGAUGUCGAUUCAUCCAUCAAACCAACGGUUGAAGAAGCCAUCGAACCAGUCAAGGAGUCAAUGGUCUCCGAAUCCAAACAAUCCGAAUCGAAUGAGAGUGAGUCUGUUAAACCAGUUAAUGAACAAUGCAUUGAAAAACCUACCGAUGUAUCCAAAGAGGCAGAAAUCGAAAAAGACCUUGAAUCUCCUGAAAAAACUCUUGAAGCCAAUGAAGUAGCUCACUCAAUUGAUAAUGUCCCCACUUUAAAGAGUGAACGAAAAUCGGUGCAAAUUAUGACGCCGAAAAAUGAUAAAAACCAAAUGACAAUGAGACGAGUCGAUACACCUUUCCCAGACGAAAAUUCAAUUUUGGAAGCGACUAGAAGUCAGGAAAAUUCCGAAGAAAAAUUGAAACGUAAACAACGUGAUGAGAAUCGGGAGAAAGCUCGCGACAGUUUGAAGAAAUUACAAGAUUCAUGGAAUAAGUCGAUUGCACGACAUUCUCUGGAUUCAUCAAAUCCAAUCGAUGCAUUAGGUGUUGCCGAUGCAAGUGAUAAAACCGAAGAGGAACCAGUGAAAAAAGUUGUAGCACGCAACAAUUGGGCCAUAUUGAAGGGCUUAGUGGACAGUGAGGAUUCAGAUGAUGACAUUGUUCCAGAGACUGAGGAAGGCAGCGAUGAAGAAAACGAAGAUGAGGAAGAAGCUAAUGCAUUUGUGGAUGAUGAAGCUGAAGAGGUCUUGGAUUAUGAAACGGGCGACUCAAUGGAUGAUGAAGAACGGCGGGAAAUUGAAGAAAAUGAAAUCGAUUAUGGUGUGGAUAUUGGAUCCGAAGAUUCUGAUUUCGAAGAAGAAGAUGAAUACGAAGAUGAUGGUUUUAUUAUUUACGAUAGUGAUGUUACAGAUGCAACGAACUGCGAAGAGGAGGAAGAAAUUCCGAAGAAAUCGAAGCUACGACGUCGAUCUGCGAUUAUUGAAGAAUCAAGUAGCUCCGAUGAGAGCGACGAUGAGCAUGUGAUCGAAAGUACAACUGAGGCUAGCAAUGAUAUUGAAAGUGUUACAUUGCAACAAGUGGAAUCAGUUGUUGUGCUUGCCGGUGGUGCACCUAAUGAAGCGGAGCCCAUUGAAGGCAAAAAAUUCGCUACAACAUAUUUGACGUCUGAAAAGGAAACGAAAGACAUCAAAAAUAAGUCCCAAUCGAAUGAAAUUGACACAGAAAAAGAACAGGAAACGAUUGCUGAUGCGCCAGAAUUGCCAUCAAAUAAAACGGUGCAUGAAGAUCAAGAAGAAACUUCAAGUGCGUCCAAAAUGGCUUCCGAGGCACAUGCACCCGAAGCAGUUGAUUCCGAUAGAGAGUCAGGCCACAAUAAAAUCGAUAAAAACACAUCAUUGCAAAGCAAAUCGGUUUCCAAAAAGAUUGUUCUCAAAAAACGAACUUCACUACCUGGUUUGUCUGGCAUUGAAAGUUUGUCGAAAGCAAUCCGUAAGGAAAGCAAUCGUCAAUCUUUGAGUAAUCUCAAUCCAAAGGCAUCAAAUCCAACAGUGGUCGAAUUUACAAUGCAAUCGAGCAAGUCAAAAACCGUUGAAAAAGAAAAUCUCAAUUUGAAUGCAAGCACAAGUUCAAAUGUGAGCCUGAGUCCAAAUGACAUCACACGUGCUCCGUUGAAUAUUUCGUCACAGGAAGAAAAUAACAAUCAAAAGGCUUCUAAAAAAGCUACAAUCGUCGAACAGGCACAAGAACAAGUGGAAAAAGACCGUGAAACUGUAUCAUCAACGUCACAGGAUGAUAUGCCGACAUCAGUUGUGAUUAACGUUAAACUUAAUAGAAAGCGUAAAUUUGUUGAAAUAGACACUGAUGUUGAGCCACGUGAACGACCAAAGGCGAAGAAAUUAUUGAACGUCAUUCAAUCAUCAAGUGGUGCAUUUAUUGAGGAGCCGAUGACACCCGAGAAAAAGAACAAAUUUGGUUUCAGAGAGGCACCAAAAACACCAAUCAAUUCGAGCUUCAAAAUCGAAAAGCGCAUCCAACUGGCGUAUCCUGGUGCAUCGAAGAAACGGAAGAGCAUCUAUCUCGAUGAAGAUUCUGAUGACGUUGAAAUGUUUUUACCGCGACCAAGAUGGCAAAUUAAUACGCAAUUCCAACACGAACAGCCAAAAAAACGAGCACGAAAAUUGGAUUUGGGUUCAACCGAAAUCAUAUUGCAACCAGUCGCGCCGAAGAAAAAGACAAAACGAAAUGUUUUGAUUCCGAUCGAAUUGGCACAGUAUCGCCAAAAUAAAUUGUAUCGUGCCGACAUUCCACGCCAAGAUGCGCGUAAUCUAUUGCGUGAACGCCGAAAGCGAGUUGCCCGUUAAAGUUUAUUCAGAUUAAAUUAAGCGUUGAAAACACUUCAAGAUUUGAGAAGAAUUUAAUAUUAAGAAAACAAUUGCAUUCAAUAUGAAAUAAUUGCUUCGCAUCCUAUAGUUUUAGUUAUUUUUUUUAUUAUUGAUAUUAAAAACCCAAUGCUGACUUUAAAGGCCAUCAAGCUAGUGGGAAAAGACAUUAAAAAUGACACACACAAAAAUGUAACAUCGUUUUUAUGCGUUUUUUUAUCACGAGAUUUUUCUGGUUGCUUAUUGAAAGAAAUUUAAGUGGA